CGUGUGACUGAGACAUUGUGGUUUAAUCUGGAUCGACCCUGUGUGGAGGAGACAGAGCUGCAGCAGCAGGAGCAGCAGCAUCAGGCUUGGCUCCAAAGCAUCGCAGAGAAAGACAACAACCUGGUACCUAUUGGCAAGCCAGCCUCAGAGCACUAUGAUGAUGAGGAAGAAGAGGAUGAUGAAGAUGAUGAGGACAGUGAAGAGGAUUCAGAAGAUGAUGAGGACAUGCAGGACAUGGAU